AUGCCUCCUUCGAUCGCGCGCACCGCGUUCGACGCAUCGUGCUCGACGCGUUCGACGCGUCGCGCGCCGUCCCGCGCGCGUUCGCUUCGCGCGCGUCCCGAUAAAAGAUGCGUGACGUCGCCUCGAGCGACCGCCGAACCUUCGUCCUCGUCCUCGCCGCGGCGCGUCGUCGUCCUCGGCGGUGGAUUCGGCGGGCUCUACACCGCCCUGCGGCUGGACUCGCUCGAGUGGGCGGGCGAGACGAGGCCGGAGAUCACCGUGGUCGAUCGCGCGGAGGCGUUCGUGUUCAAGCCGCUGCUGUACGAACUCGUCAACGAGACGCUGGAGCCGUGGGAGGUGGCGCCGACGUUCGAAGAGCUGCUGAAGCCGACGAAGGUGACGCACGUGAAGGGUGAAGUCGUGUCGUUCGAGCCGGAGGACAGGGGUACGAUGCGGGAUGGGACGCCGUACAGCGCGACGGGAGGGUCGAUUACGCUCGGGGACGGGACGACGCUGGCGUACGAUUACUUGGUGCUCGCGCUCGGGACGUCGACGAGCGAUGGAGGUGUGGCGGGAGCGAGAGAGUGUGCGGUGGCGCUGAACACGGCGGAAGAUGCGGUGCGGAUCGCGGGAGUGCUCGGGGAGCUUGAACGCGCGGGGCGAGACGCGCGCGUCGCCGUCAUCGGCGGCGGGCUGUCGGGCGUAGAGUUGGCUUCGGUGAUCGCCGAGCGCUUGAAUGGGAAAUCAACGAACGGUGUGGUGGAUGUGAUCACGCCAAAUAAGCGCGUGAUGGCGACGGCGCCGCCAGGGCAACGCGAAGCGGCGCUGCGAGUGCUCGAAAAGGCGCGGGUCAACGUCGUCGGCGGUCGAGUCAUGCGUCUGGACAAAGUCGCAAACGACGAAGAGACUGUGAGUACCGCGUCAAAAAUCACUCUCGCCGACGACGAUGGGGCAGAAGGAGUUGAGACAUACGACCUCGUUUGCUGGACCGUCGGGCAGCGCGCAGAAACACCGAGUGAUUGGCCCGUGGCGACGACGCCGGCGCGCAAAAUCAAAACGGACGCGACGCUUCGAGUGAAUGGACACUCGCGCAUUUAUGCCGUGGGUGACGCUUCUUCGAGCUCGGCCGAGGUGAUGAACGCGGACUGGGACCACUUACCGUCCACGGCGCAAGUGGCGUUCCAACAGGCCGACUACGCGGCCUGGAACAUCUGGGCUUCGAUGAACGGACGAACGGAGCUUCCGUUUCGCUACCAACACCUCGGCGAUAUGAUGGUUCUCGGUAGUCUUGACGCCGCCGUCGCGUUUCCCGUCGGCGACAUCACGUUAGAGGGACCUGCUGCGGCGGCGCUGCGGCGGCUGGCGUACCUCUAUCGUAUGCCCACAAACGAACAUCGUCUCAAGCUCGGGUCGAAGUGGAUUCAAGACGGAAUAGAGACGUUUCAAAAAGAUCCAGUGGGAUUUUUAGAAGACAUUCGCAAAUCCAUUCCUUUCGCGCGCUAA